UGUUCGUAUUACAUCCUCCUUCCAUUGUUUUAAAAUAAUUUAAAAGUACAACAAUGGAGGAGGAAGAGGAUUUUGUUGGUUGCAUAAGUUGCAUGAAUAAUAAAGAUUUAUGCGACCUAUUUGCUGUUUACGCCGAUAAUGAAGAAACCUACGCGCAAAUGUUAAAAAGUUGUUACAAUAUUAAGAUAACUACUGAAUAUAAAUUUAUAUGUUCCGAUUGUGUUGAAAAAUUGGAAAAAGCUGCUGCAUUCAAAAACCAAACGAACAAAAACCUAGCAAUGCUUCAAAGUAUUAAAGAUGAGGAGUAUUUGGACGAAUCUAUCUUGGAAGAGGGAGAGACUAUGACGGUGGACCACAGAUUAAACAAGACAAGUCAUUUAGCUUCGACUGAGGAUGCUGAUGAUAUAAAGGAAGAGCAUGAGAUCCAAGCGUUAGAUGAAACGACAUGCAUUUACUGCAAUGUGCAGCUGCCAACAGCUGAGGAGAUAGACCAGCAUGUACGGAUGGUGCACGGCCUUGAGCCGAGAACUGGUCUGCGUGUACGCGAGUGCUCGCUAUGCGGCGCCUCGCUUAGUGAUCUCGCUGAUCAUAUAAACAGAUGCCACAGCGCUACAUCUGAAAGUGAGAGUAGGCAAUACGCGUGUCACUUCUGUGAGAACGUAUAUAAUAGUAAAAAGGCUUGCUUCACACAUCUCAGAAUGAAACAUGGAUUGAAGUUAUGUAAUGAUCAUUCACCGAAGUACUCGCCGACUGAUCGCAAGAAAUGUCACAUUUGUCAGCGAGAUUUCAGCCAAAAGCAAAUUCUAAACAACCAUCUGUGGAAGGCUCACGGAUACGAGGUUGAGAAACGCAAAGCAUUCUUUUGUCCGUUGUGCAACGAACGUGUAAGUUACGGGACCAACUUCAGCGCUCACUUGCUGCAUCGCCAUCAAGUACGGGAACAAGUUGAACAGCUGGAAUUUGGCAGUAUGGAUGACUUCAUGUUAUUCAAGAGCGCAAUACAGGAAGAGACUAAAUUCAGGUUUAGGAAGACGACCGAUACAAAACAAAGGGAACUUUACUUGACUUGCGUCACCUAUAUAGUUGACAACCAUCCUAUCAACGGGUAA